CGCGGACGCCGCAGUCUAGACCGCUCUCGCCUCCAGCGCCCCGACCGCCGCCCCAGCGGGCACCAUGCCGCGCUCCUUCCUGGUGAAAACCCACCCCAGCCACAGAGUCCCGAACUACGGACAGCUGGAGACGCAGAGAGAAGGCGACGGCACCUGUUCUGCCUGUAGGGGGCUGGUGGCACCCCUCCAGCACCCAGACAAGGAGGCUGCCUCCACACCCAGCGCACCUCCCGGCCCCCAGGAUGGCCGCCCCGCCAUCGCUUGCAUCUCCCUGCCUCUGCUGCCACAUCACGAGGAAUCACGGGGGACCUCGGAGUCACAUCCACCGGAAGUCAGCUGGGCAGGCCCUCGGGCUGGCCAAGCUCCCAGUGUCCCCCUCAAAGACAGCCUGAACCACUUGAACCUUCCCCCGCUGCUAGUGCUGCCCACGCGGUGGCCCCCAAUCCUGCGCCCGGAUGGGCACGAGGCUCCAGACAAACUGCUCAGGGCUGAGGGGACUCCUCGAACCACAGGGGGCUUCGAGUGCGGCCAGUGCCACAAGCACUACCACACGCUGGCCGGCCUGGCCCGGCACCAGCAGCUGCACUGCCACCUGCAGGCCGGGCGUGCCUUCACCUGCAAGUACUGCGGCAAGGAGUAUGCCAGCCUGGGUGCCCUCAAGAUGCACAUCCGCACCCACACGCUGCCCUGCAUCUGCAAGCUCUGCGGCAAGGCCUUCUCCAGGCCCUGGCUGCUCCAGGGCCAUGUCCGGACCCACACGGGUGAGAAGCCCUACUCCUGCCCUCACUGUAGCAGGGCCUUUGCUGACCGCUCCAACCUCCGGGCCCAUCUGCAAACACACUCUGGCACCAAGAAAUACCAGUGCAAGAGUUGUGCCAAGACCUUCUCCCGCAUGUCCCUCCUGGCCCGGCACGAGGACGCCGGCUGCCGCCCUGGCCCCUGAGAGGUGUGGUGGGGCGCACGCCCUCAUCUGAGAGCAGGAGGCCAGCAACCCUCUGGGCAGCCCCCUGACAGCUGGGGUGGGCCCUGGAGGGCAGGGGCCCAGCCAGGACCAGGAAGCCUGGUGGGGCCACUAGUUGGCCUCCCACCCGGGACCCCUCACUCGGGGAGGCGCUCAUCAACAUGGGAAGCACACUUCCGGUUUCGACUUGGCCUGGUUUCUGCUCCUGCUCCCAGAGUGAAACCCUUGUGCUGGUGCUGGAUGGUCCCUGCUGCCAUUUGAGAUCUGCCCAGCCCCUCUGCAGCUCCAGGGGAGCGAGGCUGGCGUGUGGUGGGCACAGCUGCCUCUCACCUACCGUGACUUGGGGUCUAGGGAAACCUGCACAUGUGUGCAUGCACACCCUCCCUGCCUCACAGACACCCAGGAUGCAGGUGCAAGACCAGGAGAAGCGGGUAUCUGGGGCCCACCUGAUCCCUGCCACAGGAACUUGACCCGCUCAGAGUGAGAGCUGGCCUGAUGUUGUGCUGUCUUCUUGGGAGAGCAGGGCAGGUAAUAAAGAGCCCCUACUCCUGCCUCCUGUGCUCUCUGAAGUCUUGGGUCUCCCCAAUCCCUCACUUUGCAGAGGAAGUGAACUCUGGACACCUCCAGGCAGCAGGAUUCUGGAUGGUUUGAGCCCUUGCACGGAGAAUGUUAUGGGGUCCCACCAGCUGGCAGCACAGUGCCUUCUCAGGAAAAGGAGACCCACCAUGGGAGCCUCUCGGAGUAGCAUGGACGAUGAGGGAGGGGCUCCAGGAAGUGCAUCUGAAUGGGAGCAGGGCCUGGAAUGGUGGGUUCUGGCUGGAUGGCAUCUCUGAAACAGGAGAGUCCAGGCUCUGGCUCCUCUCAGAGGUCUGACUGGCUCCAGCUGGACCCCAGGGGUGACAUGCAGAAUGGAGCAAGGAGGCCUGAGGUGUCCAGCAGAGGCAGAGUCCCCAACGCCUUCUCCACGGAGGGCAGUGGGCCGGGGCUCCCUGGAGGGAACCCAUUGCUCUUGGUCAGAGUGGCCUGCCACCAGCAGUUCCACCUCUGGCCCCAGGAUGGGGGUGAGGGGCCUUUGUUCUGCCCUGGAACGAGCCGCCUGGCCAGCAGCAGAGGCUCCCCUCACCUGAGCCUGGAGGAGCCCAUGUCCACGUGAGAGAACAUUCAGGAAGGUUUGCUGGGACCACACGCACAGUGCCUCAUCCUCCAGCCCCUCAGCGAGCAUCCAGCCUGGGCACUCCCACCUUCAGGUUCAGCUUGGCUCUGCUGGCCAGGCCCUGAAGGGUUUGGGGUGACUGGUUUAGUGAUGGCCUUUGAGGAGCUUCGGGGACAUCCCAUGAAAACGUGACUUGAUGCUGGGCUCAAGGGUGAUCUUGAGAGAGUAGACCAGCCAUGGGCACCAGAGCCGCAGCCUGCACCAGGCCCACAGCGGCGGGCAACAGGUCUCCUUGACAGCCACGCUCAUCCCCAGCCCUGGGCCAGGGCUCCCCUAGCCUCCCAUGCAGAGGUGCUGAAUGGGGUGGGGGGUGCCCCACUCGGCCGGGACUGCCAAAUGAAAAGACGUGUUCCCUCACCGCUCUGCAAGCCAGAAGUCCUGGGUCAAGGUGACCUCUGGCUGUGAGAGAACUGGUUCCAGGUCUCUCAUAACUUCAGGAGGUGGCUGGCUGGCCUACUGUCCCUGUAUGGUAGGAGCAGCCCUGAUCCCUGCCUCGGCCUUCACAUGGCCUCUGUCCUUGUAAGAUCCCCAGUCCCUGGACUUGGGUCCCACCUUGUCUCAGUAACGUCUGCACAGACCUGUAGAGGCUGAUUCUGAGGUGCUGGAGGUGGGACCUCAGUGUGUGGAUUUUGGAGGCCACCAUUCAGCCCAAACAGUGUUGAGCACACAGGGGGUCUCUGAGGACCACCAGGGUCCUGCUUAGAGCUGAGGAACAGAGAGAGUCUGACACUUCUUCCCCCUGAGUCUAGGGAAGGUCUAAGGAGGUGGUCAGUUUUGACUGGUGGGAUAUACUGGGAACAACUUCAAAGGUUGGGAUAUACUGGGAACAACUUCAAAGGUUGGGAGAGUCACCUUCACUCCCCAUCAGGGCAAGGGAAGGAAGUACUGGCACCUGGGCCCUGGAAAGGGAGCCAGCACGGGACUCUGCCUCUGGCCCUCCUCUGCUAAGUCAGGCUGCGGGCAGAGCCCCCCAAGCCUGCCCCGAGGCAGGAGCUCCCACCAAUGGGGCCUGGGCUGUUUGCAGGAAGGUGCUUUUAAAAUAGCGUCCAGAUGCCUAAAGGAAGCUAUAGCGUAGAUUGUGUUCUAUUUUUGUACCCCCACGUCUAAAUGAGGCAGUUGCACCU